AUGGGAGAUUUUACUAAAAGAAAAGCGGAAUUGGCUUGUAUGAGCCUUAAGCUGCGUUUAAGAGCUUAUGCCAAGGAACUCUAUGCGGGCUGCGCUGCGACACCGAAAUUAAUCGUUAACUACGAAAAAACGGCCCAGCUAAGCUUGAAGGGCUGCAUAACGGAAAAUAUAUUAACCAUUGCUUUUCUACAAGCAAACGACACGAACCGCACUAUGCAUUUUUUGGUCGAACUACUGUGGAAACUGCAUUACACGAAUGUGCUGUUCGUGUACGAAAACGAAAACUCGCGAGAUGUUUCAACCCUAACCACACUUUUCCAACUUUGCUGGCGUAAUGGCUUCGUCAACGUGCUGGUUUUGGUCAAUCGAACGCUCUACACAUAUCAACCCUUUCCACGCAUAAAAGUGGUGGCUUUGCGCAAGCUCAGCGAGUAUUACGACAAAAGGCACUUGAAGAAUUUUCAAGGUUAUGCGCUACGCUCGAGCAUUAGCAAUAAUGCGCCGCGGGUUUAUCACUACACCGACGCUAAUGGCAAUCUCGCUAAUGCCGGUUAUUUGUAUCGAUUGAUACUGUUAUUCGCACAACAUUAUAACGGUCGGUUUGAAGAGGUACACAUGCCCACCUACCAAAUGAACUUAACGAAUAUUAUUAAGGCGUUUGAGCGUAAGGAAAUCGAUAUAUUGGCCGAUCUGCUCUUCAUAUAUCCCAAUUAUUCGCACAGCGCUGUAAUUUGUAAUUAUCGCACGUUUUUAAUGGCGCCCUACGCCGCACCACUGCCGCUCUAUAUGUACAUCCUCAAACCUCUGACGAGUCUGCUCUGGUUGCUCAUAAUGUUGGCACUUUGCUAUGCAAUCCUGGCACAAAUGCUGCUCUCUUGGCUACGCGGGCGCCGAGUGAACUUUGGCUUGGCUUUUUUGCGCAGCCUCAGCUCGUUGCUCUACCUGCCGAGUUACUACUAUAGUCGCUGUACGAGUGCGCAAAUGUUCUGCGCCCUUUUGUUGUUGGCUUGUAGCUUUCUUUUGACCAGUUUGUAUCAGACGAGUAUGGCCAGCAUGUUUAUAUCGCGGCUGUAUGAGCCGCAGGUCAACAGCAUCGCUGAUAUCGCGCGCACGAAAUUCUCACUGCCCAUGACGAAGAUGGACAUCGCCUACAUGAGUCGUUUAUCGGGUAUACCGCAAAUCAUUUACGAUCGCUUGCUUGAGGUGAGCCCAUCGGAGGACUAUCAGUUGCUGCGCGAUUUGAACACCUCGUACAUACUCACCUACAUCGAGGAUAAAGUGAACUUUUUUAUGUAUCAGCAGAAAUUCCUGCGUAUACCGCGUUUUAAGCUGAUCGCCGAGGAGCUCACACAGGUGCCACUGUUCAUAAGUUUGCCGCAUGGUUCGCCGUUUUUGCAGCUGUUUAAUCGUUAUUUGCGUAGUGUUUUCGAUUCGGGUAUUUUUCAGAAAAUGUUCAUCGACAGCGCUGAGGAGGGCAUCCUGAGCAAUGAGAUACGGUUCUUCCGCACUGUCUCCAUUAUCUUUCAACCGCUCAAAGUCGAACAUUUUUCGCUGAUAUUUGUCGUUUGGGGAUUUGGUAUGUUUUGUGCUCUGAUUUGUUUCCUCAUCGAGUUGAAAAUGGUCAAGUGCAGGAAAGUGAAGAAUGGUAAAGCAAGCUCUAUUGAUUCUUGGACGCGCGAUUCGGUGGCAUUACAGCGUCAAGGCUAUUAUUAUGUGUCUACAUGUAAGUGGGUAUAUGCGCGCUGGCACAGAAGCGCAGGCGCGCCACUCGUCGCGUACUUACGCUAUGGCUUGCCGCGCGCCACAUGCCGCGGCCGCCUUCAAUGGCUGCGCACAGUAGCACAUAUGCCGCGGCAUGCGGUAGCCAACACUGCAGGCAUUCAAGGACGCGCACACCAUACAAAUAACAACAACAUCAGUGCAGCACAAAUGAUGUCCACAAUGCUGCGCGUCGCUUCGCGUGGUUGUGCUGCGCUCAAUUUCCUGGAGGAUGUAAAAUAG